AUUUUUGAAAAAUAGUUGCAAAUAUGAUACAAAUAUUGCAUUUUUAAUCAGUUUUAGAGGGUAUUUCCGAUAUAUAUCGACCUCACCUACACAUACAUUUAUCAUUCGAAUAAGAAAAUAUAUUUCGCAAGUAGUUUAACUUUCAGAGAAGGAUACUGAAUGGGAUAUCAACAAUCAUAAGUAAAAAGUAAUUUUGGAGAAAAUCACUGAAAUUCUGGAGAAAAUCUUACCUGCUUGAUCCUCAUAAAACACAAGUAGACAACACUAUACUAAACCAAAUAUGGCUUGUACACAAAGAGGAGAGAGAGAGAUGCAACUAAAGGCAAAACAAAUGGCUAAAACUGCCAGAAACCCUAUUGACAUUUUGCGGGCACAGUGCUUACAAAGGGGCGCAAAUGGAAUCAAAGGUCUAGGAAGAACAUUCAAGAUAAUGGAUGAUGAUGGUAGCAGAAGUUUAGAUUUCAAAGAGUUCAGGAAAGGACUGCAUGACUAUGGAUGUAUGUUAUCCAAAGAGCAAGAACAAGAACUCUUCACCUCAUUAGAUAAAGAUGGAAGCGGCUCGCUAGAUUUUGAUGAAUUUCUGAUUGCUUUACGGCCCCCAAUGUCAAAUCAUAGGAAAGAGCUCAUUAACAAAGCAUUCAGAAUCUUAGACAAGACAGGAGAUGGACAAAUUACUGUUGAAGAUUUAAAAGGAGUUUACAAUGUGAAAAAGCAUCCAAAAUAUCUAAAUGGGGAGUGGACUGAAGAUCGGUGUUUACGAACAUUUCUUGACAAUUUUGACGACCCUAACAACAAAGAUGGAGUUAUCACAGAAGAAGAAUUUCAGAAUUAUUAUGCAGGAGUCAGUGCUUCAAUCGAUCAAGAUGCUUACUUUGACUUGAUGAUGCGCAAUGCUUAUAAAAUCAAGGGAUAGUUUUCUAGUAUAGUUCACUGAACCGGCAAGUGCAUACAUCACUACAACAUACACUCAUUACAAUGCCUGCAGCACAGUUUAGUACAAACCUCAGCUAUAAAGGGGCUGGGUUACAAAUUUUCAUCCUCCUAAGCAGGUAUCCAGAAUCCGUACCUCCUUCUUAUCUUCCCCCUGCAAUAACAAAUUUGGA